CGGAGAGUGUCAGUCCCUUUCUUUCUCACAGUGAUUAAGGGUGAAGCGAUUGCCUUGAAUAACUUUCACCCACGGGUUCCCGCGCCCACAGAGCCACUCCGCUUUAAUGCUGUGACAGGAGGGAAGAUCAGUGCUAUCCUUGAUGUGGUCGAAACGGGCUUUAAGUACUUCACUGAGUUAGAAGUGGAACUGACACGUGUCCUGCAGUCAGUCUGGAGUCCUGAGCUCUGCAGGGCCCUGCCUGCUGGCAGCUCCGUCUUCCUUGGAGAUGUGGACCACUCCAGGGAUGUUCCCAGCAGGAUAACUGAGCCCACAGCUGCGGAGCUGCAGGAGUGCACAUUCACCUGUACCAGCGGUAAAUGCCUGUAUCUUGGUUCACUGGUCUGUAACCAGCAGAACGACUGUGGGGACAACAGUGAUGAGGAAAACUGUCUCCUGGUGACCGAGCAUCCGCCUCCAGCCAUCUUCAAUUGGCGCUCACGGUGCUGCAGAGCCUGUUCUGCAGGGCUCCCUGCCCCGUCCAGCCCAGGCAUGGAGGAGAGGAUGGAAGCAGCCACCAGCCUAGACCUGUGUGCAGGUGACCCCAGGCAGUCUUCAAAGCAAGCGGAGCUGGAGUUUGCCCAGAUCGUCGUCAUUGUUGUGGUGGUUACUGUGAUGGUCGUGGUCAUCGUCUGUCUGCUGAGCCACUACAGGGUCUCCACACGCUCCUUCAUCCAGCACCCAGACCCGGGCAGACGGCGCGGGGAAGGGGUGCUGCCGGAAGGGUGCCUGUGGCCUGCAGACGGUGCUGUGCUGCGGUCCGGGGCCUCAGAGGUCGCCUUCGUGCCGCGGGACCGCUUCGGCCGCCCCGCGCCGGCCCCGGCGCUGUCCUAUGCAGACGGGGCGCCCCGGAGUGCGGCCGUGUGCCUCCCCAGCCCCGCUCCUCCCGCCGGGGCUUGGGUUCUGCGGAGAUCGCUCGGCCGUCGCUGUUGA